UCACACACAUAAACACUAAACCGUCACUCCAAACCCACAAUUUCUCAACCACGAAUUAUUAAAUUUAUUAGAAGCCGAGAAAUUUUAGGUUAAUAUCCGAGAUUAGUCCAUCUCACAUACACGAACAAUAAACCGCUGACUCAAGACCUCUACGGAUCUAACUCAAAACUCAUCUCAUAUCAUUUUCAACUCUUCUCCUCUCCCAUGGAAGUUCGAAGAAGAUACAUUUUCUCUCUCCUCAAAUUCAUCAUCAUUCUUCAUCUUCCACCCUCAACUCUCUCUCAUCGUUCUCUCUCCUUAAACCUUAACCCAUUGUGCGAUCGAAAAACCCUACCAAAUCCCCAAUCACUACGAUCCGAUCAACUAACGGUCCUCAUAAACGGAUAUUCAGAGCUCCGAAUCUCACUCCUGAGUACGAUCGCCGGAGUUUACGCAGCGUCUCCGGUGAUCGCCGCCGUCGUCGUACUUUGGGGGAAUCCAUCGACGCCGGCGGAAACCCUAGAUUCUCUCUCCUCGAAUUUCUCUCUCCUCUACUCUGCGGGUGCACCUGUUACUGUGGUCCGUCAAAAAUCCAACAGUUUAAAUUCGAGGUUUCUUCCACGCCGUUGGAUUAGGACACGUGGCGUGCUUAUAUGUGACGAUGAUGUUGAGGUGGACCCCAAAUCGAUUGAGUUUGCGUUCAAGGUUUGGCAGGUGAAUCAGGACCGUUUGAUUGGAUUGUUUGCGAGAUCGCACAGUUUGGAUUUAAGGAGAAAGGAAUGGAUCUACACCGUUCAUCAAGAUCGAUACUCGAUCGUGUUGACUAAGUUUUUGAUGUUGAAUGUUGACUUUUUGUAUUUGUAUAGUUGUGGGAGGGAGGGGUUGGAGGGAAAGUUUAGGAAGUUGAGGGGUGUGGUUGAUAAAAUGUGUAAUUGUGAGGACAUUUUGAUGAAUUUUAUGGUUGCCGAUGUGACAGAGCAGGGCCCGCUCCUUGUGGGGGCCGAGCGAGUUAGAGAUUGGGGGGAUGCGAGAAACGAGGUGGUUAUUAAGAAACGAGAGAAAGAGGUCGGUGUUGGAUUGAGCGGCGUGAAGAGAGGUCUUGGAAAACAUCGAAAGAGAAGAGGAGAGUGUAUAAGAGAAUUUCAUAAGGUUUUAGGUAGAAUGUCAUUGAGGUAUAGUUAUGGAACCGUGGUUAGCCCGAUUAACGAGCAAGGGUUGUGUGAGAAAGGAGGAAAGUUAGUUCCUUGUGACCAACAAAUUUUUGAAUGAAAUUAAACUAUGUGUGAUCUAUGUACUUAUGUGUUGUGACAGUUUUACCUACUAAUGUACUAAACAUUAGGAUAGUUCCUAGACGUGUAACUUUAAAAAAUUCUUAUAAAAUCAAUAUGAGUAAAUAGUUGUAUUAAA